AGGACCCCCUUCUAUUUUAGGCCCAACUGCCAGAUAGUUAUCUUAGUGGUGAAAUAUAUAAAUAUUUUAAAAAGUUUCUUAACAACAUCAUCAUGCUAAUCACAAUCAAGACUCUCAAACAAAAUAUUUUCAAAAUUGAAAUAGAUGAAGAAGAGCCGGUUAAAGUUCUAAAAGAGAAAAUUGCUAAAGAGAAAGGAAAUGAUAAUUUUCCUGUAGCUGGACAGAAGCUUAUAUAUGCUGGCAAAAUUCUUGAUGAUUCGAAAUCAUUAAAAGAAUAUAAGAUUGAGGAUGGUAAAUUCAUUGUUGCUAUGGUGACAAAGCCCAAAUCUGUGUCUCCUCCUGCACCCACCCCACCAGAACCAACUGAAGCUGCAGUCACCACGACAACCAGUACACAAGAAGAGCAACCAACCAAUCAACCAGCAGUUGCAAGCACAACCAGUAGCAGCCCAGCUGAAGAACAAGCUUCUUCUGCAUCUCCACUCAAUGUUAGUCAAGCGGAGUCUACACUUGUGACUGGUGAAGCUUAUAAUGAAUUGGUGACGAGUAUAAUGGCAAUGGGAUUCGAGCGUGAACGAGUUGUUGCCGCACUUAAUGCAAGUUUCUGCAAUCCUGAUCGAGCUGUUGAGUAUUUGAUGAGUGGAACCACCAAUGUUGGAACUGCACCACCCCAACAACAACCAGACACCAUACCAACUGAGAAUGCCCCAAUAAGCGAUUCAAAUGUAUUUAAUGAUUUGAUGGAUAAUCCUGAAAUACAAGUCAUGGCGCAGCAAAUUCAACAAAAUCCACAUUUGCUUCAACCAUACCUGCAACAAAUCGAACAAAGCAAUCCAAGUUUAUUCAAUAUGGUGUCGUCUCAUCCUGAAGAGUUUGUUUCUUUUCUUACAACAUUGCGUCGAGGCACAUCACAAACCCAACCACCUCCAGCUUCAGCAGGAGCAGGUGGUGUCAGUUAUGUAAGAGUCACUGCAGGUGAACAGCAAGAUAUAGAACAGUUAAAAAGCCUUGGAUUUUCCGAGUCUGAAUGUGUCCAAGCAUACAUGGCAUGUGAUAAGAAUUUAGAUAUGGCUGCCAAUUUCCUUUUAUCCGAUAUUUAAGAACAUAUCUGAUGUCAUAAAAUGCUCUGAUAGCAGUUUCACACUCCAUGACUGCUAUUUUUAACGGAAGAAAACAGAAACAUCAUACAUUCAGUAAUACUUAAAUAUGUUCUCGUUUUGAAAAAUACAUUUUGUUAAUUUGAACUUUUGCUUAAAGCAUAUUAUUAAGAUAAGAAAGUGUUCAUGGUGCAUGCAAAGUUUGCUUAAGAAAUUCAUACUAUUUCAUUAAUAUGUACUUAUUAAUAGGCUCCUACUCCGCUUAACGCCAGUUUUAACUUAUGCCGUUUCACAAGAGUUCGUGGUGUGUGCUUAUAAUUCGAUUGGUUUUAAUUUUGUAACGUUGUAUAUCGUUCUCAUGUUACAAACCAGUUCGUGGCAACAAAUUUCAUAGAAAUUUAAAUUCGAGUUUGUUA